AUGGCUCUUAAAGCUGUUCAUGUCUCUGAUGUUCCUAAUCUUGACCACGUCCCAGAGAAUGCCUCUCUUUCUCUCUACUCAACUCGUUUCUCCAAAGGAGUUGAAUCGAAUAGAGCAGCUACGUUCAAGAUACCAAAGUUUUUGGUGAUUGGACAUAGAGGGAAUGGGAUGAAUAUUUUGCAGUCAACAGAUCGCAGGAUGAAAGCUAUUAAAGAGAACUCCAUUGUUUCUUUUAAUAGUGCUGCUAAACACCCCAUUGAUUUCAUCGAAUUUGAUGUUCAGGUGACAAAAGAUGACUGCCCAGUCAUUUUCCAUGACGAUUUCAUCCUGUCUGAAGAUAAUGGCACUGUCUUUGAGAAGAGAGUGACAGAACUUUGCUUAUCUGAAUUCCUAUGCUUUGGACCCCAAAAAGAGGCAGGAAAGUCUGGCAAAUCUUUGCUUAGGAAAACAAAAGAUGGGAAAAUACUAGAGUGGAAUGUAGAGAGAGAUGACUCUCUGUGCACUUUGCAAGAUGCAUUCCAACAAGUGGAGCCUUCACUUGGCUUCAACAUUGAACUAAAAUUUGAUGACCAUAUUGAUUACCAGCAAGAUUAUCUCAUCCAUGUUCUUCAAUCCAUCUUGCAGGUGGUGUUUGAGCAUGGUAAAGACAGGCCUAUUAUUUUCUCAUCGUUCCAGCCUGAUGCAGCACUGCUCGUCAGAAAACUGCAGACUAACUACCCUGUUUACUUUUUGACAAAUGGGGGUAAUGAGAUUUUCAGUGAUGCAAGGAGGAAUUCCUUAGAGGGGGCUAUGAAGGUGAGCUUAGAAGGUGGUUUGCAAGGGAUUGUAUCUGAGGUCAAAGGGGUUUUUAGAAAUCCCGGGGCAGUAACCAAGAUCAAGGAUGCCAAGCUUUCACUUCUAACUUAUGGACAAUUGAAUAACGUAUCAGAAGCUGUUUACAUGCAGCAUUUAAUGGGUAUAGAUGGAGUGAUAGUUGAUCUGGUUCAAGAGAUCACUGAGGCAGUAUCUGAUUUGAUAAAGCCAUCAAAAGAGGAAGAAGCAGAGAGUCUAGCAGAAGGAGAUGGUGAAAUGCAGGGGAAAUCAAAACCUCAAUUCUCUCAGAGGGAACUCUCGUUUCUUUUGAAGCUCAUUCCAGAAUUGAUACAGCAUUAA